CUACAGUGUUAGACGGUGACGACAAUGUCGAUGGCUACGACGACCCUAUAGCCCCUCGCACGUUGGAGAACGGGUCUGCUAGGCAGGAUAGGUGAAGAGACCAAAAAUAGUUUCCCCACUGAGUGGCUACUCCAGCCAGGCGACGUUUUGCAGUCGAACCUACAAGGCAACCCACUAACCAAAGGUUCGCGGAAGGUAACACAGCUCACUAGACGAGAAGACGAAAAGAGCGAGAACGCAUGCGAAUGGGCGAUGGAAAGAAGUGGCAAGCCUGUAAAAGUCCCUUAAAGUGGGUUUAAACAGCCAGUUCGGUAGCAUCUUUUGUGCCCUUCAGCUCGGUUCGUCAUUACGACCUUAUCCAACGGACCAAAAUGGCCGAUCUUAAGCCCGCUGAGGUCGACAUGUGCAAAUUGCAUUUCGAAAUCUACGACACAUUUGCUGAAGGCAAGAUGGACGCCGCCGACCUUGGCUCACUGAUGCGCUCGCUAGACCUGCGCCCUACCGAGGCCAUGAUCGAAAAGGCCGGUGGAUCGAAAAACCGCGGUGAGAAGAAAAUGACCGUCGAAGAGGUCAUGCCCAUCUACUCACAGCUCAAAAAGGAGAAGGAUAUGGGAACCCUUAACGACUUUAUUGAGGGCCUGAAGGUUUACGACAAACUUGAAAACGGUACCCUUAUGGCUGCUGAGCUGACCCACGUGCUCCUCUCCCUCGGUGAAACGAUGACGGAUCGUGAAGUCGAUGAAAUCAUGGCUGCCUGCUCCGGACCUCAGGACGAGGAUGGUUUCAUCAAAUACGAGCACUUCGCCAAGACCCUCUUGGCCGGUCCUUACCCUGAGAAGAAGUGAGCGCGAACUGUGAACUAUAGUGACGUGUAUGAUUACGACGUCAAGGUAGGCGACGACAAGUGCGUCGUGUGUUCGGGUCGGAGUUGUAAUAACUCUUUGUUCGUGAGUGUUUCGGAGCAAAAAAGUACGUGGCCGUCCGCCACGAUGCACUCCGAAGAGAUAAUGGCCCUUGGGGAUAUUUCAGCUGUAAACUCGACGAAUUCAAUCGAUGGAAACGCGAGUGAUACGGGGCCUAAUUACAUUCUUGUGCACCCAGGCGUCAACGGGCCUCCACUAGUUUACGCGAUGCCAUUGUAUGGCUACGCUAUGCCUCCGUUGAUGAUUCUGACAAUUGUUGCCAACACGUUUGUCGCAGUCGUACUGUCACAGCGUCAUAUGAUCACGCCGACCAAUAUUGUUCUGUUAGCGAUGGCCGUAUGCGACAUGUUAGCUCUUACCUUUCCCGCGCCUUGGUUUUUCUAUCUGUACACGAUGGGCAAUUACCACUUAGCUCUUGGUCCAUCCUCCUUAUGUAUUGCUUACCAAACCAUGUGCGAAGUGCUUCCUAAUGCGUUUCGCACAACUUCUAUUUGGUUAACAGUGUUACUCGCGGUACAACGAUACAUUUACAUCUGUCACCCCACAACGGCUCGAACCUUGUGCACAGUUCCGAACGUGUCGAAGACGAUUGCGCUUAUUACAGCUCUGGCCUUUGGCCAUAUGAUACCAAAGUUUUUUGAUGAGAUCUUCUACGACGUCGUACUACCGAUGGACGGCAAGGCGACAACGGUGUGUGCUCGGAAGAUGGCACGUUGGUUAAUUCUCUUCACCCCAGAUGUCUUCUACAACGUGUACUAUACGUUCAAGAUGGUAUUCGUCAACCUGGUUCCCUGUAUCGUGUUGGUUGCCCUUAAUAUUCUAUUGUUCCGUGCCCUUCGCCGAGCCAAGGAAAACAAGAAGAAGCUACAGGAGAAAAACAAACAGGCAAGCAAACGAAGUCGUGAUUCUCAAAGCACAACACUGAUGCUAAUUGUCGUCGUCACCGUGUUCCUUGCUACCGAAAUCCCUUUGACAAGCGUUCUAUUCGUGCAUGCGUUACAUAACAAUGCGGUGAUCUCUGUGGACUACGGCGUCUUGAAUACUGUGGUAACCUUUGUUAACUUCUCAUUAAUGAUGAGUUACCCCCUCAACUUCGCCAUCUAUUGCGGGAUGAGCAAACAGUUCCGGAACACUUUUCGGGAGCUCUUCAUCACGGGCUGGUUGCGUGGAUCCGGGGAGCUUAGUAAAGCCCAGUUGAUGAACACGCUCGAAACAACCAUAUAGAUCAAGCCUUGCGAUUUUCCCGUUCCAAGCAAAAGAAAAAACGAUGUCUUCAGGCCAAAAGCUGUUCAUAUGGGUUUCAUUCGCAGUCUAUCCUAGCCUUGUAACACGAAUAUUACUUAACUAAGGUAAAAUGCGAGAGGCAGGUAGAUGUGUGCCUUAAUUAUGGAUCUAGCCAAGUGAAAUUGCCAUCUAGGGGGUAGCUUCCUCGUUUCGAGACGGCUGACUCAAUGCACUGGGGGGAGUUUAAUGCGACUCCAACCAUCCAUGAUCGACAACUGACCGUUACCCGCAAAGCCAAAAUCGAAAGUUCCUUAGCUCGAUAAGAAGUUGGACAUAUACUAAUGAAUUACGCCAAUAAUGAAAUACAAUCUGUCCUAUUAAAAAUAUCAUCUUAUAUAAUUUCGUAUGAGAUACGUUUUCGAUUAAUCAUUGAGCUGAAGCCUGCGGCUGAAUUUCAUCAUAACAGAUAACACUCCAAUCGUUCCCUUGCAUACAUAUGUAAAUACACACAUAUACUAAUUAUAAAAUUAUCUACAUAACAACUUUAAUAUAAUUGCUAUUAGUAUUGCUUCAGUAAUGUUUACAUCUUAACAUAUUGCUAAUUGAGGAUGACAGGGAUGCCGUAGCAAUGUCAAGUUAAAAAAAGGCUCGAGUGAAAAAAGUAUUGAAUACUUCGGUCACGGAAAAACGUGCGUCGGCCAGAGUAAUUAAGUGCUUUAUUAAUAGUCGGAGAGUAUUAGUGCUAGUUUAACCCUUAAUUAACGUUUUCCAACGAUUGUAACACAAAGAACGCGCGUAAAUUACUACUAAAUCAAAAUUGAUUGCCAGUGCUGAUCUGAGCGACCGCGGGACGAGUACCAUAUGGUCGAUCAGUAGCAUGGAACUCUAGCCAUUGGGAUACGUAUGCCUGGUAGCACGAACUUAACACACGGGCCAUGCGUGAUAGAAAUGUAACUAAGUGACGCCGUUCUGCAUAAACGUUCUAUCUUUAGUUCGAGUUUCGAAAUUGUCCUAUGGACAAAGACGAGUCUUCUGUUAGGUGAUUUCAGGAUUACUUCAUAAAUAAUAGUUAAUUGACGCGACCAAUAAGUGUAUAAAGGGUAUACCUUAAAUAUGAUGUAUUUUUGCACUUUGUCUGUGCCAAUUUACUUAAAAUCGAAAUAAUGCCGCUAAGAGAAAGCUGGUCACAAUGAGAGAGAGCGACCGACCGGUCCUAUUGUAUUUUAUAGGGCAUUGUACUGUAUAACCAUUAGAUCGACAAAGGACAAUAUGGGAAAGAAAGCACUAUUAUAUUAUGGCAGUCCUGACAUCACGUCACUGUUGCUCUAGCACUGAACACACAUGAUGUUAUAUUUUUUCAGUUUUAUAUAUAUAUAUAUACGUUCGAAUAGCAUAAUCCUCUCACUUGUGCUACUUUAGGACACUCUUUAUUAAGGACAACUCCGAUUUUUCCCUAUCAGUUGCAGGAAAUGAUUUCACUGACCAACAUCGUAAGAAACGUCAAAAGGUCAGUACCCACUGGACCUGGGAAUACUUGAUUUCACUUUUUUAUCAGCUUGCCACUAUAAUUAUUAGUAAACAAUGUGUAAGUAGAAAGAGUUACACUUUGGCUAAUGAAAUUCUGGUUUCUGUGAUCUGUGCCAAAAAUACUUAUUUUUUUUUUCUAUCUAUUUCAAAGAACUAAAACGUUAUCGCUGUUAUCUGAAGGUAUGUGAUGUGAAAUCAGAUAUCACAACGGUGCAGCCUCUAUACUCCCAUAAGGAAAAUGGGGACCGUUAUUGGUUAGUAACGCGCGUAGAUGCGGCAUGAUUAGUGUUUUCUUCAGAAAUUAUGUGAGGACAAUAACUGUGCUCUUCCUUGUUCUGUGGGCCUGUAAAGUAGCUCCUGGCGAUUUCCUAAAUUAAAUAAACAAAGUACGGAUUAUGUUUGUUGUUGCAAGACGAUAUGCUGAGUCUUAGCUGAUCAACAUUCAUUCCGUAACUGUCAGGCUUUAGGACGUUGUUUGCAACAUGCUUACGGAUUUGCAAAAAAAUGCUAUCGUUUACCCGUGCUUUGUUAUGAAAUUUUUGAUGAAGCGGUGCUGUACGGUCACGGCACGAUCUAAGUAGUUCGGUAUGGACAUAAUUAGGCGAUACGCUCUCAAAUAUUUGUGGAAAUCAAUCGUCGUUUUUCUUUCCUAGCCCCCUAAUCCGACCGGCGAAACAAUGUAAAUCGUCUAGCCGACCUGCGAAGGGUACGUCCAACGACACUUCACCCGCUGGUAUUGGUAAAUACCGCUUCCCUCUUCAUGCGCUGCCCUGUUAACCGCUGUGAGCCGCAAAGGUUAGAUACUGUUGGAUUACGUGACAGGUAGAUUUCCUGCAAGUCUUCAUGAUACGUUAUCGUAUUACGAUGCAUACAGUUGAAAGUAACAGCGUGAAAAUACUGAUAUGAAAUUAGUUCUGUGGACUAGAAGGCUCUUGUUUUGGUCAUGCCAUACUACAAAUGCAAAUUACAUUAGACCAAUAUAAACUAAAAUAGAAAAAAGGGAAUCACCAACUAUCAAAAUAAACAGUAAUAUUUUUUAAAAACAACCCCGCUGUUUUGUCUCUAAUUUACAUAUGCCGAUCAUCGUUUCACCUUCUCGUCUUGUUUCAGACUCGAUGUAUCGCACGGAUGCCGCUAGAAAAAUGUUUUAGACUAAACAGAAGAAUACAGAAACUUACUUUUUGCAUAGAAACUUGCUCUGGCUAAAUAUCAGCCCGCUCUUCAAACUGAAGACACACCGUCAAACCCUUAUUUUCGGAGAAGUUGCUUUAUUGUUUCCAAUCGCUGCAUUAUACCGUAAUACCAAUAGCAGGCCGAAGGCUCGCUCGUUGUGACAUCUAAAUUAUUGGCUGCUACUAAUUGGGCCUUUAAAGCACAGGUAGUGCUGGUUGCGCCCGUACCUGAAACAGAUGUAAGCAAGUGAUUUUAACAGAUAUCACUUGUGAAGAACACAAAUAUCAUUUAGGCUUGCUUUUUUCGCGCCUUAUCGCAAAGAAGAGAUUUUUUCUGUUCUAUUCGAAAAAAUAUUUUCGAUAAAUAACUAAAUUCUGGAGUGGAUUAAGUGCCGUGUAUAUAU